AUGCCACCAGCGCUGUGGACCCCAUCAGAUGCCGAGCCAGUGCACUUUCGGCCUCUUACUAUCCAGUUUAGAAGCCAUCUAAACCAGCCGACACGAUGCAUGCGACUAGAACUGCCUCGUUUCUGUCCGGUUGCAGCAACCACACCGUUUCGGCAUUUCCACUUUUUCGGAACUUCCGGCAGAUGCUCCGGUCAGGGCUUCGAUUGCGCCGCGUCAUGA